AUGAGCAGGAGCAAGCUCCUGCAUGUGUGCCACGUCACUGCUGACUGGACUGAGGACAAUGUGCUGGGACACGUGGCACAGUUCGAGGAGCAGAUGGAGAUGGAGAUGAUGAAUCCUGCAGCGAUAGCAGCAGAAGCUGCCGCGUCAGCUGCCACCAACUUAGAACUCCUAGACCUGCGCUACCAUCAGGGGCUACGCUGCAACACCUCCGCUGCCACCUGCCCUGCGUUCUCCGCCUGCGCGUCCCACCGUCGCCAGGCGACGCCGAUUUCCGCCUGCGCGCCUGACCCGCCGCUGGUUGAUAAGGAGCAUGUUGUGUCCACUCCUCCGCUUAACCAUGCCUCUGAUGGUGCUGCAAGCAGCGAUGGCUCUUCUGCAGGCAAUGGCGGUGCUAAGGCUGCGUCUGGCGUGCCGCCUUACCCGUACAAUCUCGCUGCGGUGCAGACACAGGCGUCGUUCGAUGAGGCCGUGGCAGAACCCUUUGCUGCUCAGGUGUUUCUCUUGGAGAACGUGUUUCUCAACGACAGGGGCGCUGUGUUCGACGCUACUUACUACUACCGCCACGGGCUCUUCUGCAGGUCCUGUCCGCUCGACACGGGCAUGUACACAGGGGGCACCACCACCGUCUACAGGGACACGACUCGUCGCAUCGUGGGGCGCUCGCAACUGCUGCAGGAGCUGUAUAAUGUCUUCCCCGGCGAUCGCAUCGUGCUAUUCCGAGGUAACCUCCCAGUCCUGGACGCCAAGCGUCUAUUCAACCGUGCUCGCUUAUUCAUCUCUCCUCAUGGUGCCCUUAUGACCAACAUGGUCUUCAUGCCGUCCCAAAGUCAUGUUGUGGAGGUCCGACCACAGGCUUUCGACAACAACUGUUACCACUUUUUGGCUCACAUUUGCCACCAUUCAUAUUACCUUGUUCAUGGGAAUGGGACCAAAAACUCCGAUAUUCAUGUCGAUAUGGAGGACCUUGUUAGGGUUGUAAAAGGAAUUGCUGGGAAGAUCUCGACUUAG